AUCUUGUGGAAAAACGAAAAGAGAGAGCUAACACGCAUACAAACCCUGAGCUGUCACAACUAGUCGAGAACUCCAGGAAAAAAAAAUGGCCGAAACCCAGACGCUUAACUUUGGACCAGAAUGGCUCCGUGCUCUGUCUGGAGGUGGCAGCAGUGGAGUUGGUGGAAGCAGCAAUGCUGUUGUUUCUCCACCCCUCUCACCUGCAUUGCCAAAGUAUAAACUUGCAGACUAUCGCUACGGGAGAGAAGAGAUGCUAGCACUUUAUGUAAAGGAUAACAGGAUCCCUAUAGACCUACAAGAUAAGGAGUUCCUGUCCAUACUGCAAGAGGAACCCUUACCACCUCUGGCGCUUGUGUCUUUUACAGAGGAGGAACAGAGAAACUUUUCCAUGUCUGUAAACAGCGCAGCUGUACUUCGGCGGGGAGGUGGCCCAAUAGUUGGAGCACCAAGAGGCCGAAGUACCUCAAGAGGUAGAGGUCGAGGAAGAGGCGAUGGAGGGUUUUACCAAAGAAGUUUUGAUGAUGUGGAAGGUUUUGGUCGUGGAGGGAGAGAAAUGCAUCGCUCUCAAAGCUGGGAAGAAAGGGCAGAGAGACGAUUUGAAAAGCCUGGUCGAAAAGAUCCUGAAGUUGCUCCAGGACAUUUUCAAAUGAAUCACAGUGAGUUUGCUCAUUCAGUUCGGGCUCCGUAUGAGGACGGCGGGACAGGACUGCCAAGGAAGCACGACUUUACGCGGUCAGAGAGUGGGAACUGGCGUACUUCUCGUGAUGAUCAGAACGGUGAGGAUGAUCAGGGGGGCUGGCACCUGGCAGGUUUUCGAUGGGACAAUGACCGGUGGUGCCCCCCGAGCCCAGAUGUGCCUCGCUCAGCAGGGUGGCGAGAAUACCCAGACCAACGUCGGCGUUUCCCCUUUGAUGCAAGAGAAGAUGAGCGCGGCUACAGGAGGCAGAGGUCGGGGAGCGGCAGUCUGGAUGAUGACAGCUUACCAGAGUGGUGUCUGGAGGACGCAGACGAAGAGGCGGGCACCUUUGACUCCUCAGGAGCUUUUCUCUCUUUAAAGAAAGCAUCAAAGGAGCCAAUUCCAGAAGAAGCAGAGCUCGACUUCAGGCCCAUGGAAGAGUGUGAAGAGGAGCUGGACACAUCGCCAAGGGAGACCAAAGAGACAGAAAAAGAGGCCAAAAGAGAAGCUGACAGAAAAGAGUAUGCAAGAGCCUCAGAAGAGGCUGCAGCUGUCGUUCCACCUGUUGCUUCAGCAGUUUUGGAAUCCCAGCCCCCUCUACAAAGUUUGUCCCCCAACCAUCCGCACAGAACAGAAGUGUCUGAGAGGCCAGCCGAGCGACAGCCGCCCCUGGAGCUCCCACCAGAGUCGUGCAAAGUCUCCAAGCGUGUCCAAAUGUCCACUAGCAUUUUGGAGUCUCUUCCUAUGACUCGUGUUUCCACCACCCUACCAGAGGUUUCUGUUCCAUCAUCAUCUGUUCAUCUACAACAACAGAAGCCCAUGGAAGUCCCUGUGGCCAUGAACAGUUCCUCACCCUUCACAUCAAGCAGAAUAGCACCUAUAAGCAGGCCCACCACUGUGCCACACGACACUGAUGAAGACGAGGGACUAAAACACUUUGAGCAGGAGGCAGAAAAGAUGGUAGCAUACCUCCAAGACAGUGGUGUGGAUGAUGACAGACUGUCAGCAAAGACUUCAGAAAAGCCUAAGUCUGCAGGCCUGCCUCUAACCCACGAAGCAGCACUCAAGUGGUUUUACAAAGACCCACAGGGGGAGAUACAGGGUCCAUUCAAUAAUCAGGAGAUGUCAGAGUGGUUUCAGGCUGGUUAUUUCACCAUGUCUUUGUUGGUCAAAAGAGGAUGUGAUGAAGUGUUUCAGGCUUUGGGGGAAAUGAUGAAGAUUUGGGGAAGGGUGCCAUUUACUCCAGGCCCUGCACCUCCACCACUACAAGCGGAGGGUGACCAAGAAAGGUUAAAGAGGCAGCAGGAGCUCACAGCCCUCAACCUUUACCAGUUGCAGCAGCUCCAGUAUCAAUACCUCCUCAGGCAGCAAUAUGCCCAGGCUAUGGCCCAGCAGAAAGCUUUAGUUCUUAACGCAGCUCCUCUUCAGCAGCAGCAGCAGCACCAACAGCAGAUAAACCACCUUCUACAGCAAUACCAGGCUCUGAAGAUAAGUGCUUCAGAUAGUCUUCUACCUCCUGUCACUCGAUCCCUGUCUGUAGCAGACUCUGGUUCUGUGUGGGAAAUGCAGAACCCAUCCUCUCAGGCUUCCUGCACACCUAACAUCCAACAAGCUGCCACAAGCACAUGGGAAGGCAGCAGCGUCUGGGAUUUGCCGAUAGACUCGGUGGCGCAGGCUCCAACCAUCGAGCAGAUGCAACAGUUUGAGAAGGCCAAGUCUGCAAAGUUGGAGCUGGAGAGACGUGAAGCAGAAAUGAGAGCGAAACGAGAAGAAGAAGAACGGAAACGCUUGGAGGAGGCUCUCAGGGCUCGACAGGAGGAAGAGCGGAAACGACUGGAAGAGGAAGAGCUGGCGCGUCGAAAACAGGAGGAGGCUUUGAGGCGGCAAAGGGAACUAGAGGAGGCACAACGUAGGCAAAAAGAAGAGGAGGAGAGGCUGGCACAGGAGGAAGCGCUCCGAAAAUUAGAAGAAAGGCGGAGGGAAGAAGAAGAGAAAAAGAAACUGGAAGAAUUCCUCCGUAAACAAGAAGAUGAGCGUAGAAAGCAGGAAGAACUAGAAGCAUUAAGGAAGCGCGAAGAGGAGAAACGGGCGGAGGAAGAGGCAGCAGCUGCGGCUGCAGCAGCUACUGCAGCAGCUGCUGCUCUUGCACAGCAACAGGAGGCGCAAAAAAGAAAAGAGCAGGAGGUCCAAAGACAACAGGAGCUGCAGAGACAGAGACUGCAGCAACUAGAGGCCCUCAGACGGCUGCAGCAGCAGCAACAGCAGCAGCUUGCACAAAUAAAGCUUCCAUCAUCUUCUAAGUGGGGGCAGCAAUCAACCAACACUAUAAGCCACCCGACUCAGAAUGCCCUGUCACUGGCAGAGAUCCAGAAACUAGAGGAGGAGAGAGAACUGCAGACACGAGAGGAGCAGAGACGUCAGCAGCAAGAGCUCCUGAAGCAGCAGCAGCAGGUGGCCCUGCAACAAGCUCAGCAGUCCCAUGCCAAGCUGUCUGGUUGGGGCAACGCGGCCAAACAACCAGUCAUUACAAAGUCUUUGUUAGAGAUUCAGAGGGAAGAAGCCCAGCAGAUGAAGCAGCGAAAAGAGCAGCCUCAACAUCAACACCCCAUCGCCACCCAACAGGCCCGACCUCAAACCAAAACUGCAUCCCUAAGUAGCUCAGUAUGGGGGUCUGUGAACACCAGCACGAACUGGGGCUCAGAUCCCAGCAGCAUCUGGGGCGACACCCAUAACUCAAACAUGGGCUUCUGGGACGAGGCCGUGAAGGAGGCGGUCCAACAACCUCCCCAGAACAAAAAAGGAAACUCUCAGAAGAACAACAAGGGAAACGCCAACCUCAGUAACUCUUCGAGUGGGCGAAGCAGUAAGAAGGUAGAAGAGGAAGAGAAGCUGCUAAAGUUGUUCCAAGGCGUCAGUAAGAGUCAGCAGGACACCUUUAUGCAGUGGUGUGAGCAAACGCUGCACACCCUCAACACAGCCAACAAUCUGGAUGUUCCUACGUUUGCAUCCUUCUUGAAGGAAGUGGACUCUCCAUAUGAGGUGCAUGACUACGUCAGGGCCUAUUUGGGAGACACUCCUGAAUCCAAGGACUUUGCCAAGCAGUUUCUAGAACGUCGUGCCAAACAGAACGCUAACCAACAGAAGCCGGCACCAUCAAACCAACAGCUAGCCAAGCAGCAGCAGCAGGACUCGGUGUGGGGAGGAACAGGACCUUCAUCGAUCUUCCAGUCGAACCACCUGAGCAGCCAGCAGCAGCAGCAGCAGCGGUUUGAGACCGUCACCUCAGGGAAGAAGAAAAAGAAGCAGAAGAUGGUGCGAGCAGACCCCAGCCUUUUAGGUUUUUCUGUGAACGCGUCGUCUGAGAGAUUGAAUAUGGGAGAAAUUGAGACUUUGGAGGACUUUUAAAGUGACCGCAGCCGAGUGACUCCCACUGACUGUAUCCAGUUUGAACAGCAGCUGUUUUACCUGAACUCCCCCUCGUCCUCCUCGCGUUUCCACAAGUUUCACCGUUUACUUUUCACUUUCCCGUCAAUGAAUACUUAAAACCACGACCUCCGAGGCAGGGU